AUGCACUUACUUGACAAACUGAUAAAAUUUGAUGCUGGUCCUGGUCAACAUGUUCCAGCUAACCAACUGUUCCGCUUCGAAUCGACUGGUCACCUCGUCCUCAAUGAUAGCUUCCAUUCCAGCUUUCACGAAAUCCACGGAAUCUCGGAUCGCAGCCCAUCCUCGACUUCUGACAAACACCUCAUCAGGAAUGUCUUCAGAAAAGUUGUCGUCAAGAUGAAGUUUCUUCUUCUUGCUCUUCUGGCAGUAGCCGUUCUUGCCAAAAAGGGAGAUGAUGAAAUCAAGGAUUUGUCACACGGAUACCCAAGUGCCAUCGAAUGGGUUGAGUUUGAUAAGGCUGUUGGAAUCGCUAAAGACUUGAACAAGCCAAUCUUCUUCCUCAUUCACAAGACUUGGUGUGGAGCUUGCAAAAACCUCAAGCGUGAACUAAAGAGCUCUCCAAAAACCGAUGAGCUCAUCAUUCUUUCUCGCAAAUUUGUCAUGGUCAAUGUUGAGGAUGAUGAAGAACCAGAGGACCCGAAAUAUUCCCCAGACGGUGGAUACAUUCCAAGAAUUCUCUUCCUUGAUACUGAUGGAAACCCAUUGAAGACCAACAACGAGCAAAAGUACAAGAACAACAAGUAUUUCUACCCACUUCCAGCUCAAAUAAUUGAUGGAAUGGAGAGAGCGCUUUUGGAAUUCGGAGGUGAAGAGGAGCCAGCCAAGGGAGAAGUGAAGAAAGAGGAAGCCAAGAAGGAGGAAACCAAGAAAGAAGAGAAGGUUGAGAAGAAGAAGGAGGAGAAGAAGGAUAAGAAGAAGGAGGAGAAAGCUGAGAAGAAGGACAAGAAGGAAGAGAAGAAGAAGGAUGAUAAGAAGAAGGAUAAGAAGAAGGAGGAUAAGAAGGACAAGAAGGAUAAGAAGGACAAAAAAGAUAAGAAAGAUAAGAAAGACAAAAAGGACGACAAAAAAUCCAAGAAGAACAAGAAGGAGGAACUCUAA